AUGAUCACCAAGGGUCGGUAGUAAGUAAUACACUGUUGGACUUUUGAUUGUUAAUCAUGGCGCUGUCGGAGUCACAGGCUGAAUUCAAGCAAUACUUCGAUAAUACCGUACUCUCGGGAUACAAAGCUCUUGGUAUCGCUCUAGGCCAUAGACUCGGCUUAUUUGAUGUUCUCGCAAAGUUUGACACGCCUAAGACUUCUCAGGAAAUAGCAGAUGCCGCAAACUAUAAAGAAAGAUAUGUCAGGGAAUGGCUUGGGCUGAUGGUUGUUUCUAAAAUCAUUACAAUGGAUACAGCCAGUGCCACCUAUAUCUUGCCUAGAGACCACGUUGCUGCAGUGACGUCACCAGUAGCAAUGUUCUCCUGGAAUAUACCUUUGUUUGGAAGUUUGAACCCAUCAAUAAUGGAAUGCUUCAAACUUGAUGGGCCUAAAGGUAUACCUUAUCAGAAGGAUGACAUUUUUCACAGUUGGUAUGAUUCAAGACGAGGUGAGGAAUAUGGACAGGAGCUCUGCCAAAAACUUAUCCCAUCAGUGCCAGGCUUAAGAAACAUACUAGAGAAUGGAGGACAAGUGUGUGAUAUCGGCUGUGGGACUGCUACAGGUAUUACACCUCAUUUUGCAAAACAGUUCCCAGCUAGUACUUUCUACGGUAUUGAUAUCUUGCCCUCUGCAAUUGAGAAAAUCACUGCAUCAGCCAAAGAAAUGGGCCUUACCAACACACGAUAUGCUACAUAUGAUGCGGCUGAUCUUCCCGAUGGCGAAUGGACCGACAAAUUUGAUUGGUUGUUCACACGUGACGUACUUCACGAUAUCGCGAGACCAGAAAUGGGUGCUAAGGAGAUAUUUCGUACUUGCAAACCAGGAGGAUAUUUCUCAGUGAUAGAGCUCGAUUUAGACGAUAACCCCGUGACCAAUGCCAAUAUUGCAUUCGCACCUGCGAUAUACUGUGCGAGUCUUCAUAGAUGUAUUCCCAUGUCGCUCAAUGACGAUGGGGCAGGGCUAGGCGCAACUUGGGGAAGGGAAAAUGCGUCAAAGUUAUUAAGAAGUGUUGGGUUUGAGAUAGUAUUCGCUAAAAGUAUUGACUUUGAUACGCACAACUGUCACAUACUCGCAAGAAAACCCACUGAAUAGACUAUAAUAAUAGAGGCUAGCUUCAUAUAAUAAUCAGGCCUCUCUUCGUCCGAUCACCGAGCAAAUCGUCCAGUGCAGGCUAGGGGAAGAACUGCUAUAGAGAGCUUUCGAUAUAUUAAUUUUUCGGCCAAACUUUAUGCAAAUUCAUCUUAUAAAUGACGUAAACACCACCAGGGGAGGAAAGUUUCUCAAAGAAACCGGGAAAG